AUGGAUCUGACAAGGUUAAAAUAUGCAUUUGACUAUUAUUGUUCUAGUCAGCAGCCAUUUGCAUCACAGAUCUAUAGUUUAAAAUUAUCCGACGAAUGUGAUCGUCUGACAUUGGUCAAUCGACAUAUGGAUAUUAGUCUUUUCAAGAAUUUGAGAGCAUUAACUAUUCGAAAAUCGUCUCCAGAGAAUUUGAAUAAAAUAUUGUCAAAAUUUCAUUCAUUAUCAAAUCUACAUUAUUUGAAUAUCUAUGCCACAUUAAUACAAUCACCAUAUAUAACAGCCAGACUAUUUUCAAUUCGUUCCUUAAAACGUUUAAUUCUACAUUCAUUCGAUCCAAUUCUACUGCAUUUAACUGAUAAUGCUAUUUGUUCGUGGACUAAACUUGAAUAUUUAGAAUUGAACAGUUGUUAUAUGAUACAUUUCUUGGAGCUACUCAAAUAUAUUGGUCCAAAUGUAAAACGAAUGGCCAUUACUAUACUUUAUAAACGUCGUGAGGAUCCGGCAUCAAUUGAUCCAGCAAUAAUCGAUAAUUUACUGUAUGGUGAUGGAGGACAUCCUCAAAUACCAGAGCCGCCAACAUUAGAAGUUUAUACCUAUUCACAGUCCGCACAUAAUAGAAAAUAUGCUGUAGAAUUUUAUGGAAAGCAACGAUAUAUGAAAACAACAAGCAAUACGAUUGAUGUCGAUAAAAAUAUAACAAAAUUAAAAAUUACAUUACAUGAUAAUGUUGAACAACUAGUAUUGACGAAUCAAAGCAGGACAAUUUAUCCAAACGUAACAAUAAUAACAAUCCAUUCACAAAUGACAACAAGACCAAAAGAAAACGAUCCUAUAAGCAGGUGUGAUAAAUAA